GCUGCUUGCAGAGUGCAUUGCUUUUAUGGGGGCCCCCAAUCAGUGAGGGCGGAUUUAUGACAAAAGAACCUACGCAGAGAUCUCCAAUGAAGCAUAACUUAAGAGUGCGCUGGUGCACAGUAUGAAAGAGUGUCACAUGUAGGAAGUAUGGUAUACCACGCACAUUCCUUGGACCUUUGAAAAUCAGAAUUUGAACCAACGAGUUGGGUUUGGAUUACGUACAGUAGUGGACUGGUCAAUAGUACUGGCCAGCGGUCAUUCUUUGGACUUUAUUCGCAAGUUUUUCAACUUUGUAGAACCUGAUCCGAUCACCAUACAUACACAUUUGUACCAUAUGUUGGCCAGUGGUUUGAUGAUUUAUGAGUGUUUGGUACAGUUGUUGCUUCACAAACCAAUUCAAACAAGACAGUGUAAACUCAAGGACGUCUUGUUUUUACUUCUUGGUGACUUGGUGGUCUGCGGAGUAGUUUGUCAUUGUUGGUGAUGAACUGAAAUACAUCCAUAACACCAUUUAUCCUGCUUCAUUGAGUUGCCAUUUGUCACUGCAAUAUCAUCCUUCUUUUCGGAGUGAUAACUGUGUCCAUAAAUCACAGAGAGUCACUUGGGAGCACCUACUGACAGACUCGUCAAGAGACCAGAUAAUAGGCUGUGAUGUGAUAAGGCAAGAUCAAAUCUCAAAAGAAGUUGGAGCACUUCAUCUGAUCAGCAGAAGCAUGUGACUUCACAAGACUGCACUGAGAAAUUAUUUGUUAAAAAGCCAACAAAGUUGGUCUCAACGAUGAAACACGCGAACAAGAUUUCAGCAAUCGAGUGGAAAUAAAAUCCACAGUGAGGAACCGUAACAAAAUAAAUCCACCAAAAUAAACCCAAAAACCCCUCAAAAAUGCACACUUGUUUUUUAGAUUUCAAAGAAAACAAGGAAAUGUUACAGAAUACGUCCACUGACAGCUGUGGCAAUUGAUUGUAUCAGCUCAGAGCAUCGUCUGAGCCUGCGGCAAGUCGCCUUUGGCUAGGAUCAAUUAGACGAAGCCCAUCACUUGGAACAUCUCCAGGAAAUAUCAAGCUGAAGCAGCUGAGCUUUUCAACAUUGUCAUUCCUUUGGGGAUAUUCAGCGCUCAAAAACAAGGAAGUUUCAUCAGUGUGUGCAUGACUUCCAAUAUAAUUUACAAGUGGUUGUGAUCCUUGAAUGAUGUCAAAUUUAACUUUAUGCUAUUGUACCAAGGACUUGUUAAAUUUUGAUAAUUUUUUUCCGCAAAUUGUCGUGAGACAUUCCAGUAAUUUUUACCCCACUUUUUGAUUGAAGAAAAAAGUGUGCGUGUCUCUGAACAAAACUACUGACUAGUUGUCGGGAAAAAAGAACAAGAAACUUUGGGGUCAAAAGGUCUUGAACUUAAGUCUGAAGUUCAAGACAAAUCCAAGACAUCCCGUCUGUCUCUUGUGUGUUUCAUGCUGAUGACAAAAGGAACCAACGGAGCCAGCAAAUUGAAUCCCUGCUGAGAAUCAGAAAACUUCUCCAAAAAGCUCCAGAUUUAUUCAAGAUGGAUAAAAGCCCCAGGAACCUGGCCAUUAAUCAGCAUCAACGCAGGUUGUCAGCAGACAUCCAGCAUUGUUAGCUGAAAAAAAGGAAGAGUUUAUUUUUAGACUCCAACCACAAUUAAAGUCAUCCCAUCAGAUUGGCCUUUGCGGUUCAGUUAAUUCCCCCCAACAGUAAGGAUUUGACUACUGAUUGUGUUGCUGUGCCAGACUUUGUUGGUUUAGACACAUCCAUUCUAAACUCUGCAAGUGCCAGUCUUCAGAGCAGUGUGCAAUCAGUUGAAGAAGGGGAACAAAUGCUGCUGUAAAACUUCAACCAAGAAUACCUUUAAAGAAAUCAGAAGCUCAGCCGAUUCCCUUGGAAGUUUUUUUUUUUCAAAAUUGGAACAGACAUUAGGGAGUAGCCUUCAUUUUUGCAUCCCUGAUAAGAUGAGAAUCAGCCAUUUGUUAAGGGGACCUCUUACUUCUUCAAGUCCUGCUUGACUCAGUUCCAAUGAGGAAGGAAUAAGUUUUUUUGUUGGUAUUUAUUUUGAAAGAGUGCUGAAUUCUCAUUUCUGGUCAGCAGUCAUUCCUGUACAGUUCAAUAUUCGUCCCCAAGACCAGACAAAAAUCAUCUUCAACUGGUAGAAAACCGCCUAAGAAAAUGGAAGGACAAAACAAGGAAAGCACUCCCUCAUGUGCUGGCAGUGCUCCAACUCCCGAAAAUUCAAAAACAAGUUCUACAACUUUGACAGGAAAUUCAAUCUCACCCCUUGAAAGCCAAGAAACAAGUUCAAAAACUGUAGCAAGAAAUUCACCUUCUAUCCUUGAAAGUUCAGAAACAAGUUCUACAACUCUGACGAAAAGUUUACCUUCAAACGCAGAGCCCAAACAGAGCAACACACGUGUAAAAGCGUCCCUUCAAAAUUAUUACAAGAACAAGCUGCGGUCGGCUGUUUUCUUCCGCAAUCAACGCGAUCCAAGCCACAUUCAGCUGCUGGGAUUGGUGAACGUUCUCAGUCACCGAUUAGCUUACUUGGAGGACAAAUUAAACUGUCGCGAUGAAAUGCCAACUAUGGUUCUCUUUCCCGAGGAAAUUGGAGUCUCUUCGACGGACGAGUUUGACUUACCCAUUUAUGCGGGUAUACCGCACCUCAAGGAAAAUGUCAGGGCAGCACAGACAACUGCCCAGUCUGUCAACAUGGAUCUUCCAUUUUCCAACGGCAGUGUCGGGUCGGCCGAAUCUCUCCACUCCGGCGGGUCGACAGACUCUGGCGGAGAUUUCUUCCACAUCCGCGUCAGGAUACCAGAAAUAGAAAUGCAGAAUCACUUGUGUUUCAAACGAGAUAAGACAGUAUGGUUCGCCAAAAUGCAACUGCUGAAAAGCCUCAGCAAGCCACUGACUGACAACUUAAACUUUGGACUGUACCUGCCACCGGCCCACGGCAAAGCCGGUAAAUUCCUGGACGAAGAGAGACUAUUUAGUGACUAUCCCACCGAUCCUGCAAGCAUGCCGUUCUUAGAGUUCAAAUACAAGAGGCGUGUGUACAAGCAGAUGAAGCUGGACAUCAAGGAGGUCAAGAAGUAUCACAACAAAACCAACAUCAAGGCCUUCUUUGAGAGCGUACGGAGUAAAAACGUCGACAAGAUUACCAAGAUGACUGGGAAAUGCAUGGAUCCUAAUAUCCAGGAAGAAAGCACAGGGGAAACUCCCUUGACCAUCGCUGCAUCUUUGAAGGGUGCUGCAGCUGGUGUACUCAUUCAGGCCCUGGUGGGCGGUGGAGCACAUCUUGACUACAGAGCAAAGGACGGGAAAACGGUCCUUCACAAAGCUGUCAAUGCAGGCAACCAGUCUGCCAUAGAGUUACUACUGAGUCUAGGAGCCUCCCCCAAUUACAAGGAUUCCAGAGGGCUCACUCCACUCUACUACAAUGUGCAGAACGGCGGUGAGCCAAUGAUAGCCGAGCUUCUGCUGAAGGACCGAGCAGCUGUCAACAUAGCUGAUGAGCAGGGAUGGACAGAAAUUCAUCAUGCUUGUCGUUACGGCCGAGCCCAACAUCUACAGCUUCUUAUUUACUACGGAGCAGACAUCAACUGCCAGAACGAAGCCGGCAACACUCCCCUACACAUCUGCGCUGCGUAUGAUCAGGAGACAGCCGCACGAUUGGUGCUGUUCCGCGGAGGGGACAGAGCGUUAAAGAACAAGUCAAGCCAAACACCUUUCCAGGUCGCUAUUGUCUCCAAUAACUUCAGCUUAGGGGAAACCAUCAGGAAUUACUCUGAUGAAGAUGUGGUGAUUCAACAAGAAGCGCCCUCGUACAACAAGCGUCGGCGAUGCCCUUCGUUGUCGGUCAGCGGACCGGGUGUUUUGAGUCGGACAACCAGUGAACCAUAUCUCCCUGGAAAUUUUGUGGGUCUAAACCGAGCUGGAAACAGAAUGUCUGUGGCAUCGGCGUCGAGCUUUACGGACGAUGACUCCAUUCCUGAAGAGCCCGGCACACCCCAGAGGUCUGGUUCUGUGGGUUCCAUGGGCCGGUCUGCAGCUGUCGCACGCAUGGUCCAUCGGAAAAUCAAGGAUGCCAAGUCUAGCAAACAGUACAUCUGUUUCAAGCCCUAUACAGCGCAGGAGUUUGGAGAAUUGACGCUUAUGAAAGGGGAUUAUGUCAAAGUUCAUGGCAUCGGCGAGUUCAACUUCUGGGAGGGUGAAGUGGGUAACUCCAGGGGUUGGUUUCCCUCCAACUGCAUCCGGGAGGUCACCGGCAAGGAGAGAGCUCAGACAAUGAGGGAGAGAAAAGCCAACUAUCCGGAGAGUUCAACAGCAAAGUCAGAGGAAGCAGAACCAAGAGUUGUGUUUGUGGAGAGAAAGAAAAAAGGAUUCGGCUUCAUCCUACGGGGCGCAAAGAGUCCGCAAGGUGCUACGUCGGCUUUCAAACCAACCAAGGAGUUCCCAGCUCUUCAGUACCUAGAACAUGUCGACAAGGGAAGCCCUGCCGAUAAAGCUGGUCUCAAGAAAGGAGACUUUGUCUUGGAGAUAAAUAGCCAAAAUGUAACAACUGCCCCUCACCAAUACGUAGUCAGCCUGGUCAUCAAUUCACCAGAUACUAUCGUCAUGAAGGUGGUCACGAUGCCCAAUUCCAAAGCUCUGGUGUGGCUCAACGAGGCCAAGAGUAAUUCUCUCCGAAGAAAACCACCGACAUCUCAUGCAUCCUUGACCAAAACGAAAGCAGAGAAGGUUCAGCAAGAGCUGCAAGCAAUCAAUGUAUUAGAUGAGGCCAUUGCAAAAGCAGAGACACCAACUGAAGACCAGACGGAAUCUCCAUUUGCCUCCAUCCGCAAGAGACCAGUCUCCCAGAAAAUCAGCCCGGAGCAUCUGAGUGGCGUCUUCCAGAGACAAGCAAGCGCUCCUACCACCAGCACUCCGGAGGAACAUCGAACCAGCCUCAAGAAACCCGUCAUUCCCCUGGCGCCCUCCGCAUUCCGAUUCAACACCGUCGCCAGGAUGUCCUCGGUCAAAACCAAUUUCCCCUCAGCGGCCUUGGCUGUGUCGCCAAUGGAUACGACCACCAUGGAAACGCAGACGCAGUUUGAUGAUGACAUGUACGAGAAGCAGAAGCGGAGGAAUUCAGCCGGGUCGGAUUCCGCUGUGUCAUCGUUACGGUCUUCCCCGGCAUCAUCUUAUUCCUACACGACAACGGUGUCCAACGAUAGUGGAAUAUACACGAGGGCUGAUCAUACCUAUUCAGACGUCACUUCCCCAAUGGACCCUAAUUUACUACCACCGGCACCAGAUUACCCGGCCCCAUCCAUUCCACCUGCUCCCAAUUAUCCUGCGCCCCAGCAUCCUAAUAUUAAUCUCAGAGCUCGGUCCCAAUCCCUGCACAAUCUUAAAACUGAAUUGUCCCUGAGUGAGAGACGGAUGAGCACAGGUCAGAAUCGACCCAACAAGCCCCCUCCGCCUGUCCCACGCAGAGAUUCCUCAAUCAGCGAUGGAAACCUGUCGAGAUCAAAUUCAUCCGAAGCGUCAAGACCCUCUUCCCUUGACAUCUCACAAUCUCUGCAGUUUCAAGCGUCCCCUGGUCCCGAUACAGCAGAUAAUUCCCAGUUCACAAAUGCCAUUGCUGAAGCAGCUGCCAAAAGGGAGAAAUUGAGAAAAGCCAACAGCUUUGAUUCCUUGGAAGCUAAGUCACCACUGCAGCUUGCACUGGCAGCACGAGAUCAGAGUCUAAGUGGAGAGAAUCAGAACAGAAAUCAGAAUGCGGAAACCACGGCAUCACAGGGCUCACCCCAGUUAGCACUGAAUGAAGCUAUAGCAAGACGCAAGGCACAUCUGGAUGCCACUAAAGGGCCUGGUGAGAACAUUGAGAGUAAAAUCCGCAAGUACAAGCAGGCGGAUUCUGCCAAGGGAAGUUCUGCCAACCAAGCUCUCUUGACGGCCAUCGCAAAGAGACGGUCAACCAUUGAGAAGCAGAUGUCGGAGGACAGUGACUCUCAGUCAACGAGCUCCGAGGGAAGUACUAAAAUUGAAUCUGAAAAGAAAGACUCUGUAGAACACAAAGUCCAAUCGAGCAUCAAUGGAGCCGACAUAGCUCAAGCAGCUGCUGUGAUGCAGUAUCGCUUGGCAAGCAAACCCCCGGUCAAAGAACAAGUAAAUUCCUUCGCUGGUCACAAAAAUGCCAUCAAGAUUGUUCCUCGCGGAGACAGCAGCAAACCAAGCAGUCCUGCUUCCCAGUCUCCCAGAGAGAAGGUUGCUGAGAGCACACCGGCAGCACAGGAUACUGACAUUUCCGUUCAAGCUCUCAAGCACAGCUUUGACAAGAACCCAAAACCAGAUGUCUACAAGCACCCGUUGUCGCCGGUCAAAGAGAAUGAAGGAGACUUCACCGACAUCACAGCAGGGCUCCCAAACUCCGACAGUCAUCAAGCAAAUGGCCACGCUGAUUCCGACUCCUCUCCACAAUUACCUCCUCUUGGAGACCACCGCCGAGAGAGAUCCUUCGACACAGCCAGCGUGGUCUCCUCCAUGUCUUCCAUGUCUACCAUGUCCAGCUACAGCACCAUGUCAACAGAGCCAAGCAGCGACAUCUUUGAACAAGACGAGGACGACGCCAGGACCAACACCAUGAAAUCCACCUCAUCAUCCUCUUCCAACUCCACCUUGACCUUCAAAAACACCAAGCCAUCCCCUAAAGUCUUGCCAAAACCGAAGAGAAAGCCUCAACCGUUGGAAGAUGACACCUCACCCCCGUCUAGUGAGACCCUGGACAAUGUAGGAAGCUUGAUGAUAAACAGCGCUCCGUCUUCAGAGGUUGAUAACAAGCAGAGUAUGCUGAGUGCGUGGACUGAACAAGGUACCAAUGCCAAUCAGAAUGACGGGGCUGAAGGAUGGAAGACCAAACCGCUCCUGGAGUGGACAGCGCAAGACGUUGGCCUCUGGCUGACCAGCCUGAAUCUCAGCGAGCACCGGCCUAGCUUUGAAGAGAACGAAAUUGCUGGGGAACACCUGUCCGCUCUGACCAAGGACGACCUGCAGGAGCUGGGCGUGGGUAGGAUGGGCCAUCGAUUGACCAUCAGUAAAGCUGUCCAACGACUCACAAGUUAGGAUUUUGAUCGAUUUCAUGGCACCUCUAGGCACACAAUUUCUGCUAACAGAGCCUCUGUCUAUUUCACAGAGACUGUAACCAUUUAUCACAGCAGAAGGCAUGCUUACCUCAGAAGACAAGUUUUAUAAGUGAAUGACAAAAUCGAAAUCGUCAUGCGUGUGCAACUGUUAGCACGCCCACACCGUGAAAUAGUGCUUAAGGUUAGCAACAUUUUCUUGUAAAGUUAGCAACACUUUUCUGCUAACUGUGAAGCAGCAUUAUGAACCUGGCUGCUGCCAUGCUAAAAUGAAGACAGGUAUUGGAUACAACUCACUAAAUAAUUUUGUUACAAGUGUAUACUAGUGUAUAAAAUAAACAUACAUUUACUAACCCUAACUCCCUGAGGACUUUUUUGCUUGGAGCCUGUUGAAUUUUUGACAGAAUCUUUCAUUUUGCUGGUCACCUCUGGACACUUCUUUGUAUCUUUCAAGGUUGCAGGGUUUUAGUGGGCUCCAUUGCAAGUCCAUCACAAGUCCAUUCAUAAGUUAACCACAAGUCCUUUCACAGGUGAAGUCAUAAGUAACAGGUGUUGAACAACAAAGAAUUGCUUUUGUCACAGUUCAUUUGAAUAGCUUGUGUCCUGACUGGAGGACUUGUGAUGGACUUGUGAUGGGCUCGGGAUGGGCUCGGGAUGGGCUCGGAAUGGGCUCGGGAUGGGCUCGUGAUGGGCCGGUGAUGGGCCGGUGAUGGGCUCGGGAUGGGCUCGGGAUGGGCUCGGGAUGGGCUCGGGAUGGGCUCGGGAUGGGCUCGGGAUGGGCUCGGGAUGGGCUCGACUACAUCCCUGCAAGGUUGUUCAAUUUGCUGAGAGUAGCUCUGAAGAGCCACUUGCAUGAAGCAGGGUGAAGGACUUUAUAAAAGGGGUGCGCGUGAACCGAUCUAAAAGAGUGUUGAAUGAACUCGCUGAUUGGCUCAGAAUCAUUGCAUGCCAGAGAAGCGUUGAAAGUUGACUGCAGAGUUUUUUAUAUUUUCCACUGUAUGGAUUUCACAAGAAAGCGAACACAGGUGUAUGAACAGGUGGAUAUAACACAAAUGAAGAUGUUCACCUGUAUUAGGCUGGCGUUCCAGAAUUGCUGGGAACAAUAUUGGUCCAAAGAUUUGAAUAAGCGCAUGCAAAGUUCAACAUUUGGAACAAUUAGAAGCGACUAGAGUCCAGUCAAUGGAAAAUCAAGUACAAAAAAUUCACCGGUCUGAAAUCAAAAUCUAUUUCAGACAACCCAAGACUCUCAUACUUCUGUUUGGUUUUGGCUGAGUCUGGAACGCUGGUUCAUAACAGGUAAAUAGUUUCAUGGAGCUGCUAAGCACACAAUUUUCUGCUAACACGGCCUCUGUCUAUUUCAUGGAGAAGUUGCUUAACUUAGUGACAUAAUAGAAAUCUCCAUACAUGCGCAUCCGUUAGCACAUCCACGCCAUGAAAUAGUGCUGAAGGUUAGCACAAUUUUCUGUUACAGUAGGCACAACUUUUCUGUAAACUGUUAAGCAGCGCCAAGAACUUUGGCCCAUGUGUUAUUUGCUUACUGUGAACAGUUAAGAGGCUGUUUUUAUUACAUGUAUACAUUGUAAAAAAUUACAAGCUUCAGUAUUUAAAGCAAUAUAUAAAAAAAAAAGCAUGUGAAGAUAUAAUUGUAUAAACUAUGAUAAGUCAAAUGUGUACUUGAGAUGCCGUCUUGAAAUGUAUGCUGCUCUGUCUAGUAUUGUGAAUGAUUGGUUUGGAUUAUAUAAAUAAUGAGUCGAAAGAAAAACUCUGAAGGGGAGGUUUUUGUGUAAUAUAUAAAUGAAGUUUAGAAGUGAGAACAGUUGAAAACAUUUGGUACAUGCUCAUGACGGGCAUCUUUCUUGUGUCUGGACAAAUCUUAAAGAGUUCGUUGUUUCCUUUUAUUCCUUUUGUAAGGGCAUUGAAUCCAGAAGAGAAUUGAUUCCAGGUAUUACCAUGCCUUAUUUUGCUUUCUCAAUUUAGGUACGUAAAGGCAGCAUUUAAAAGUAUAACAUGAAUAAUUAUUUUGUAAAAAGUACAAAGAGUAGGUAAAUUUGUAAAUAGUCUAUGCUAAAAAAAAGAAGAAACAAACUGAUAAAAGAUUCAAAAGUCAUUUUCAAAAAUGUAAGUUUGAUUUGAUUGAGUUCCAUUUUGAUUAAAAAAGAAAGGUUGAUUUCAUAAGAGUUGUAAAUUAAUGCUGAAAAUACCUUGGUUUGUGAUAAUAUAAUUGUGAUUUGUAUUUUUGAUAGGCCAAUAGAGUGUAUAAAGAAUUGCCAAUGAAGAACAAAAGAAAUAUGAAAACGAUAUAAACUUAAAGUAGCUGUGUUGGACAGGGGAAAGAAAUAUUCUCAAACUUUGUAGUCUGGGAAACAACGUAUUUACAUUUGUAGUGCCAAUGUUUAUUUUUCUAUAUCAUAUUUUUUUGGUUACAGAGUACCAAUACUUCCCUGGUUUCGUAUGUUCUAUAUUUAUUGCAACUGUUUUUUUUGUAGAAAUGUCAUAUAUAACUUGAGACACAAUUUUUUGAGAGUGUGAGCAAACCUCACAUGUGUAAAAGUGUUUCAUUAUGUAAAUAGAUAAACAAGGAACAGUGUUCAGAGGUUCUAUUGCGUUCAGUGCAUGGUGCCUCAUUGUUUAAACAUAGCUACAUAAAGCAACACACCAUCGGCUAUUGUCCACAAUUUACCUCUGUUUCGGUACAUGGCAGUUUAUGCAGAUAUUGAUAAAUUUAAGCUACUUCCAAAAAGAAAAAAAAUGCGAAAGAUUUUUUAUUUUGAUUAUUUUGUUUUGAAUGCUUUGAGUUUACCCAACAUGAUUCCCAAGAAAUAUAUCUCCAACUAUUUGAAAUGAGAUCCUAUUGCAGAUAUAAUUAACAAUACUUUUCAAAUUAAUUGUAGCCAGCGUAUAACAUGUAAUUCGUAUUUGUGUAUUUUCUUAUUAUGGCAUGAUAACAUGGGAUUAAUUAAAGGAUAACAGCAAUUCCCAUCUCUUAAUGGACACUAAACGCUAGCAAGUAUAACAUGCAAGCUUGGCCGUGUAUGAGACAGCAAUGCUUUCAUAAACUAAAUGACCUCUAUAACAGUUACAUUGAAGUAAUGCUUCCACACUGGGUUAUGUGUCCUUUUUUAUUCUGUUCAAGCAUUAGUUUUACAUACAGAAUGCAUCCCAAUAUCCGUGACUGAUUUGAUAUUUGUAGAUGACUGUUUCAAUAUAAUAACUUGAUUAACGGGCAAGAUUGUUAAAGGUUUUCUGUUGGAAUUAUCAAGAAGUUUCUUGUAAUUUUUUGUUUUGUUUAUUUCUUUAUAAAAAUGUUUGCAACCCAGGUGAUAGAUACAUAGACAUUAAAAGGGAAUAAACAACAUUUGCGUUUGCUGUAAUUUUCAGAAAUGGAUAGAUUUGGGGGGGGGGGGUAGCAUUUUAUAGCAAAUAUUGUUACACUGACUUGUUUGAAGUUUUGUGUUCGUAUAUGCUGGAAAAAAAACAAGAAAAACAACCAUGUUCCUGUAGUCUGGUUCCCUGACCCCACUUAAGAUGAAACAUAGCAAUUUAUAGACGUCAGGGAAUUUUAAGGUUGGGGAAACAGUCUUCUGAGCUGGCUUGUACCCGUUCAUAGGUGUGUAAUCGAUCGCAAACAAAUGCAACCUAACUAAAUAAUGGUAAUUUUGGGGCAGUAUUUGAAAAAAGCCAGUUUUUUUUCCAACGUUGGUCGGCUGACCAGCAUUGGAAAUUGAUACACAAAUACCACUUUCCUUGAAAAUGACGGCACAUCAGGUGCCACGAUUUUACAGAAUGCUUUAGACCGUCAUUCACUAAAGUCCAGUAAGGUAUUUCACAUUAGUUUGGUAGUUUUGUUUUUUGAUGUUUGCAAAUGCUGUAUAUUCCCUUGAAAGCAAAGUUAUUAUAACAAAGUCCUGUUAUUGUUUAAGCAGUAUCCUUUAUUUUCAGAAGUGGCCAAGAAAAAGGUCAGAUUUAAGUUGAAAUUACUUUUCUUUGGAAAUUGUCCUCUUCCUUUUUCACAGGUUUCAGACAAAGGCCUCUUUAUAGCAGCCUUUUUUCCUGGCAUGAAGUGUGAUGUAUUUAUGUAAAUAAAAAAAUUACCAUUUCCCCUAAGUGAUUUAUUCCCCCAUAAGUUUUGUAUGGAGUGCUAAAGAUAAAAUUAUAAUAGCACAUAACUGUUAUGUAACCGCUGGUAAAUAAACGGAAAAGGAAAGUUUUGUAUUUGAUACCGAGAUUUUGAGAGAAAAUAAAACUAUUUGACAAAUAA